GCAGUCGCAGCCGCGCAUGGCGAAGAUCUAGCAUCAGUCCUUCUUCCCAACAAGGCUGAUGUCAUUGUCCGCAAGGCAGGAGGAGGGAGCAACCUCCAGUUUAUAUUCAUCAAUUCGGAGUGCCUUUUUGUCCAGCUAGAUGGCAAGGCCGAUAUGGGCGUGGGAGAGCUCAUGCCGACUCUUUUGGCUUUGUGGAAGGUAGGAGCGGAAGCUAUGUUGCCCUCUGUGGUGAUACAGAGGCCAGUGGCAAAAUUUAUCUUUGGCGGGGCCAAUGUAAUGGCACCUGGCAUCCACUCCGUCUUGCCUUGCAAAGGUGAAGUGGCAAGAGAGGGCCGCCUUGUCGCAGUGCGCGCUGAAGGCAAUCCAGGGGCUGCUGCAGUAGGAAGACUUCGAAUGCCAGCAGCCUCUUUGCCGGGACCGAAGGGUGAAGCAGUGGAGGUCCUGCACUACUUUGGCGAUGCCUUUUGGGAGGCCAUGGGCAGCCCGCGGCCUGCUGGAUUCGUAGGCGAUCAAAUCCAUUCAACGUCCGACACGGCAGAUGCUAUUUCGGCACAGCCGGACGAAGCCGAAACAGCUGCGGCUGCAGAGGCUGAGGCCCCUGGUGAAGAUCAGAGCAAAGCGACCGAAAGCGCCAUGGUCAAGGAUUUAGAAGAGUGCCUAUUGCAGGCUCUGAAAGUUCGGAUCAAAGACCGUGAUUUGCCACUUGCUGGCAAUGCGUUGUACGCACAACACAUGAGACCAUGCAGGAGGGCUGGAUCCAACAUCGAUGUCAAGGCAAGCUCCUUCAAGAAGUUGAGUACCUUCCUCUCGCAUGCUGAGGAAAAGGGUUGGCUUGCCUUGAAGAAGAACUCUGCGGAUCCAGUGGUCACAAGGAUCUUCCGCGAUCACCCAGAUUUGGUGGGCUGGAAGCCAUGGCCAAAGCAUGUGACAGCAGAGGCAGAAGAAGGAGAAGGUCAAGAAUCUUCUGCCCCCUCGGCCUCUAUCCAGAUCGAGCUGGUCUGGAAAGUUGGCAAGCUGCCGCUUCUAGAGGCAUUGAAACUGGAAGCUCCUCAAGAUGGCUGCUGGACACGCGAUGAAUGCACCGCAGCACUCAAGUCUUAUGUGGAUAGCCGCGAGCUAUGGUUGAAGAACAACCGCAAGCGCAUUGGCAUGGAUGCGCUGCUUACUAGUUUUUUGGCAUUCGAGGAGGCUCCAUCAGCAUCCUUCUCUUUGGAGAGCCUCUCUGACCUCUUGCUGAGGACCUUGCCUGCAUGCCACAGGGUGACUGCGCCGAAAGGUGGCGCAGCUGGCGGUUUCAAACAAUAUGUCCGACCAGGAAAGCCACCCACCGUGCAGGUACGAACAGACACUCGGCGAGGACACCAUGUUACAUUGAUCCACGGCCUGGAGGUGUGCUGCGGAUGUCUGCAGAUUUGGCAUGUCGCGUCGUGA